GAGAGUGGGGGAUGGGAGAGCAAACGACUGAAUGAGAUUUCUGUCUCUUCCUAGCGAUUAAACCGCUACGCUAACCCUUCAUAAAAAUAGAGGCGAGUGCGGGGCGAACACGUGCUGCUCCGAUCCCCACCCCUUGGAGGCACUUGAAUGAGCUCGCACGUGGCGCUGCCCCCAUUCAAGAUUCUUCUCCUCGAUGCUUUUAAUCAGAACUAGUAAUCAAGCUCUUCCUGGACUUAAAAUCGCCGGGGACAGAUAAUCCCAGACCAAGCUGUUCCCUCGCUUUAACCCGCGAUGAGAUUGACACACAGCACCAAGCGGAGGAGGAGGAGGAGAUGCAGAUGUUGGCGCUGCCGCCGCCUGGCUGCUGGCAAAGCCACUGGGUCACUCCUCCCUCGGGUUGUCAAUGGCGAGCCCCACCACGGUGCAAUCAAUCGGAGUGGGGCGGGCGGCCUCCAGGCGGGGAGAGGAGGACGGAGCCGGCUCUCUCUCCCUCUUCUGCUAAGAGGCUUACCUCGUGGUGGCAGAUGUUGACAGGCUCCCAGCCAGCUCCCAGCAUUGGUGGGAGGAAGAGAGGCCGGCGGCAGACAGCCUUCGCGAAAGCACCCCGUGCCUUGGAAGGAGCGGGUGCCCCCAAAGGGUUGCGCUGCUGCUGCUGCUGCCCCCGGGACUUUGCCGCCUUCUUGCAGGAGAGAGCUGCACCCCAGCAGCUGCAGCUAGAGCCGCUCUCCUCCGCCUGGAGCAGGGAGUCCUGCAGCCGCGAUCGAGCGGGCGGCGGGAGUUUGCUUUCCAGGCGCUCUCGAUCGGCUGCGACUGGUGCUGCGUUCUUGCCGCCGCCGGCGUUGGUGGGCGCGGACGGCGGGGAGCGCACCGGGCAGGCGUUGCUUCUGGCCGCCUCCCAUGCUCUUAGGCGGGGCGAUGGCGAAGAUCAGGGUGUCUUACGAGUACACCGAAGCCGAAGACAAAAGCAUCCGGCUGGGCUUCUUCCUGAUCGUCUCCGGCAUCCUCUCGCUCUUCAUCUUGGGCUUCUGCUGGCUCAACCCGGCCCUGCAGGACUUGCAGUGCAAAGCGGCUAACUGCACGGUGCUGUCGGUGCAGAUCGGCGAUCUCUUCGAGUGCACUUUCACGUGCGGCGCCGACUGCAAGGGCACCUCCCUGUACCCCUGCCUCCAGAUCUACGUCAACAACUCCGAGUCCAACGCCCGGGCGCUGCUGCACCAAGAUGAGCACCAGCUCCUCACCAACCCCAAGUGUUCAUUUAUUCCGCCCUGUGAAAGAGAAAAUCAGAAGAACUCUGAAACUGUAACACACUUGCUGGAUUACUGGAGAGAGGAAGUGGGUUCGCAGCCUUUUCCGUGCUACUUUAAUCAGCACCUUAGGGUUUGGCCUUUCCCACCUGUCUAUCAUCCGUCGAGAGCGGCUUCUGCAGCAGUGAAUGGCUUCCUAACUGGCUUUCCCAGCUUUGUCUCCUCCCAGAACAGAAACGGAGAAGACAAGUGUAGAGCUGGGGAUAAAAGCACUGCAACGAAGCUGGGAAGCUCCUGCACUGCAGCGGGAGUAGUGGCAGCGAUGAAUGGUGGACCAGAUGAUGUACUGUUACGACGCACGCAUGACGAGUCGGUUCUUUUGCACUGCUUCCUUUGGCCAAUGGUCACGUUCCUGGUAGGAGUCCUAAUUGUUGUUCUGACCAUCUGUGCAAAAAGCUUGGCUGUUAAAGCAGAAGCAAUAAAGAAGAGGAAACACUCCUAAACAGAGGACUCUUGGAAGGAAUGUUGAGGAACUGUUGGAGAGACAGAAGUGCUAAAUGCAAUUGACAGGCACUUCUAUGGUGCUUCCCAGCGACACCCAUCCCCAGUGUAUUGCCAGAUGUUGGUCUUGCUGAUGCCUGAAGAUUAAUCCUAGGUGACUACGCUGUGAAAUGUUAACUAGCUGCUUCUGCCACUAUGAAAGCGAAUCUGUCUGUUCCACCAAAUGAUCCUAAGCUGCACCAAACUGGCUGUACUGCAUUCAAUAAAACCUGAACUAUGGCUCUCCACUCCAGGUCUUUGAUGGACUGAAGGAUAAUUUCUGAAAAUCCAGGGCAUGGUUGACUUCAUCUUAGCAAAACUAUCUUUCUUACCAUUAUUAUUUAGUAUUGAAUAUUUAUUUCCUUUCUCAUAGACUGUAUUUCUGAAAUAUUAAAAAAAAAGUGGUUGGUUUUUA